AUGUCGGGCACGAAAUGAUUUCAACAUGUGAUUGAGACUCUGGAACCUGGCAAAUGGGAGUUGUUUGGGUAUGAGGCAGCCCUGCCAAUCACAGAGAAGUCAAACCCACUGACCCGGGAUCUGGACAAAGCAGAUGCCCAGAAAAUUGUUCAACUGCUGGCAUGUGAUGCUGAAAUCUUCCAAGAGGAGGGGCAAAUCAUGCCCAUGUACCAGCGACUCUACAGCGAAUCAAUUCUGACCACCAUGGUACAAGUGGCUGGGAAAGUUCAGGAAGUGCUGAAGGAGCCUGAGGGGGGUCUAGUGGUACUGAGUGGAAGAGGCACGUCUGGCCGGAUGGCAUUCCUCAUGUCCGUCUCCUUUAACCAGUUGAUGAAAGGUCUAAGACAGAAACCUCUUUACACCUACCUCAUUGCAGGGGAUGACAGGUCUGUGGUGGCCUCUAGGGAGGGAACGGAAGUUAGUGCCUUGCACCGGAUUGAGGAGCUGAAGAAGGUGGCUGCUGGGAAGAAGAGAGUGAUCGUCAUUGGCAUUUCUGUGGGACUGUCUGCUCCCUUUGUGGCAGGCCAAAUGGACUACUGCGUGGAUAAUCCAGCUGUGUUCUUGCCAGUCUUGGUGGGUUUCAACCCAGUGAGCAUGGCCAGAAAUGACCUCAUUGAAGACUGGAGUUCAACAUUCCUCCAAGUAGCAGAGCGCAUGAAGAAGCUGCAAGAGAAACAGGAACCUUUUGUGCUCAAUCCUGCAAUCGGGCCCGAGGGCCUCAGUGGUUUCCGGAUGAAAGGAAGAAGCGCCACCAAGAUCCUGCUGGAAACUCUGUUACUGGCAGCCCACAAGACUGUGGACCGGGGCAUUGCAGCAUCUCAGAGAUGUCUCCUGGAAAUCUUGAGGACAUUUGAGCGGGCUUAUCAGGUGACCUACAGCCAAAGCUGCAAGAUCGCAGCCGUGAUGAAGCAAGCCAGCACCAGCCUGGAGAAGAAAGGCUGGGUGUGCCUGGUUGGCUGGCAGACCCUCGGCAUCAUUGCCAUCAUGGAUGGAGUAGAGUGCAUCCACACCUUUGGUGCUGAUUACCAUGAUAUCCGUGGCUUUCUCAUUGGUGAUCACAGUGAAAUGUUUAACCAGAAGGCUGAGCAGGGUCCCCGGUUCUCCUUCUCCCAGGAGGACUUUCAGUCUUCUGUCCUGCCGUCCCUCACGGAGAAUGACACUGUGAUCUUCAUUUUCACACUGGAUGACAACCUCACAGAGGUGCAGACACUGGUGAAGCAAGUAAAAGAGAAGACUGCCAACAUCCAGGCCUUAGCACACAGUACUGUGGGGCAGUCCUUGCCGACCUCUCUGAAGAAGCUCUUUCUCUCCAUCAUCAGCAUCACAUGGCCACUGCUCUUCUUUGAAUACGAAGGGAACUUCAUCCAGAAGUUCCAGCAUGAGCUAAGUACCAAGUGGGUGCUGAAUGCAGUGAGUACAGGGGCCCAUGUGCUUCUCGGGAAGAUCCUACAAAACCACAUGCUGGACCUCCACAUCAGCAACUCUAAGCUCUUCUGGCAGGCCCUGGCCAUGCUGCAGCAGUUGUCUGGACAGCCCAAGGCUUGAUGCAUCAAGAGCCUCCUCCAAGCGAUCCACUUCCCUCAGCCACUGUCGGAUGAUAUUCGGGUUGCACCCAUCUCCUCUCACAUCCAGGUUGCACGUGAGAAGGAACAGGUGAUCCCCAUAGCACUGCUGAGCCUCCUAUUCCGGUGCUCAAUCCCUGAGGCUCAGGCACACCUGGCCGCAGCUCCCUCUGUCUGUGAGGCUGUCAGGAGUGCCCUCACUGAGCCAGGUCAGAAACUCAGCACGGAACCCCUGGAGACCCUAGAGCCUGCGCUGCAGUGA